AUGCCCAAUGUCAUGGACAAGAAUGAGGUUUCACCAGGCUCAUCUGCUACGACCAUGAAAAAGAAGGUGGCGGGCGGCAGCGGAUGUAGCCACAUCAGCGCGCCCAAAGGUGCCAUGUCCAAUUGUACGAGAAGCAAAAGCAGCAAUUGUGUUGACUCUGUCCCCGCUGCUGCUGCCAGCCAGAGUGCCCCGACUGUGAAGCAGCCCGGCGUGGCCAGCAACGCUGUCAUAGACGAGGCGGAGGACGGUGAGGACGAGUCCAAGACUCAGUAUCCGCGGCUGCGCCGAACCGGGUGGAACGGCGGUGGCGGAGGCGGGAGUAUCAGGAUGAAGAACUUUACGCCAGGAGGGGGAGCCGCGGCCACGGCCACCAGAAAGAACUCCACCAACAACGAGCCCAGCCUACUGCAAGCAGAGGGCGCGCCUGCUGCUACUAAGCUCACUGUAGCAUCCAAAGCGACUGAUACCACAACCUGUCCGGGAGAUGCUGCCGGGCGCGGAGAGACCAACAGCGCGGCAGGGGCGGAGGCGUCUGGAGCAGCUGUCGCAGUAGAGGUUUUAAACGCGGCAGCAGGUGAUGCUUGCAACACCACCGCUCCAAUUUUAAGAAUGAAAUGCAACAAAAACGGAGAAUGCAGGAGGGACUCCGGCACCGGGAGCCUGCGCUCCAUCAUCUCCAACAAGACUGCCGGGGCGGGGAGGGCCGAGGACUCGUCCCUUAGGCGCAGUGCUUGUAACUCAGCCAGGGCCAGCAUGGAUGGCUCCACGACAGGGUCCAUGACGCAGGGCCAGGGGGAAGGUAGCGUAAACCCCGGCGUCACCCCGGUUUCCACCGGCGUCCCCGAGAAAAAGGACUCCAGGGUGUCCUUCUCCAACGCACCGAGCAGGAAAGCGUCCUCAUCGCUGCACGGCUCGACCCAGACUCAGACGACCCAGCAGCCUAGAAACUCUGUCACCUUCCAGAAGCCCGAGGAUGGACCCCAGAUCCAGGCCGAGGAUGCCGAGCCUGACGGAAGCACCUUCAUGCAGCGACAAUUCAGUGCCAUGCUGCAGCCUGGAGUUAACAAAUUCUCCUUACGCAUGUAUGGGAGUCAAAAGGCGGUGGAGAGGGAGCAAGAGCGGGUUAAAUCAGCGGGCAAUUGGAUUAUCCACCCCUACAGUGAUUUCAGGUAAGAGUUAUGCUAUGUAUGUAUGUGCAUGUUGGCAAUGUCAUGGAGUGCCUUUUUUUGGCCCCAUAGCACCAUCAACAAGUUAUACUGAGAAUCCAGGAGCCCAGCAAUAGAAUGAUAUUGUCAUUGUGCAUUGUGCGACACAUCCAUUGUUAUUAGUUGUUAUAAGACAUAUGUUCCACCUGUUCUGGCUGGUAUUUUAGCCUACACAUUUAUAUCACAUUUUAAUGAAUGAAGCCCAUCUAUGCAGCGAUUUUCAUUAAACAAUGGGCCAUUGACAAAGCAUGUUUUUUAGAAGUGCUUUUUAGAUUAUUUCAAAGACAACCUGUGUGCAAAGCUCUCGGCAUAGGCUUUAUGAAUAGCGAUGAUAUCGUGCCCUUUCAAGGUUGUAAACACUAGCUAGUCUGUUGAAUGUCAGGGAUACCCAACCAAGCCUCGCGUUUGUUUCAAUUUGUGAACUCAUUCGCAUCGAUCGCAUUCAGAACAAUAGGCUAAUCUUGGCCCACAAUUAUUAAAUUACGUAAAUUACUAGGCUAUUUACCGUGGGGCUAGAUUAAAGAUGGUUUGUUUUUGUUUCGAGUCGAGGUUAGCGUAGUAGCCUAUGGCUGUCGGCCAGAUCCUUGGCUGAUAGGACUGCCGGGGUGUGUGAUGCACUCAGUAAUUGAAUGUCACCUUGAGCCAAGUGUGCUAAAACCUCAAGCAUGCUCACUCGAGACAUAUCCACCUCUAUUACUCUAUGACUCCCCGGAUCAUGCAUUUUAAUGAGGGGUUCGCUUUGCCCGUUUAUCACGGUUUUAUCAGCGAUAAGGAUAAUUUACUUCUCACGACUUUUGACACACAAAUCGGGGUCCUCUCGCGUUUGAAAGGGUCAUGUUGAUUAUGAAAUGCUUUAUUUUCGUGAAUUGGGCCCUGUCUCUGCAUGAUAUGCCAUUGUUUACAUGGUCGUGAAAUUGCAUCUUUGCGUCACUGGCUUUCUUGAAAGACACAUGGGCGCUUCCGUCCCUCGUUUCAGCACCACUGGCGAGUGGACAGCUCCUGCCUAACCGAAAGUGGAGCCGGCAGAAUGAUAAACUCUGCAGCUAGCCUUAAUCACACCUCGUGCUGUUUCUGCUCAGCUCAUCUUAACGAAUGUGAUCAAAUAAUGUUGACUCAGUAUGAUACAUCCAGUCAGCUUGACACAACUGUGGGAAGCAUUGGAGUCAACAUGGGCCAGCAUCCCUGUGGAACGCUUUCGACACCUUGUAGAGUCCAUGCCUCGACGAAUUGAGACUGUUCUGAGGGCAAAAGCGGGUGCAACUCAAGAUUAGGAAGGUGUUCCUAAUGUUUGGUAUACUCAGUGUAUGUAAUUUGACCAUAUAGUUUUGAGGAGAGUUAUGCAACACAAUAAAUACAAGUCUCAUAGGAGUUGUCAUGUCAGAGUUCUCACAAAUAUCAUAACUAACAGGGUUUUAUCAAAUAUGUUAUUGUUGUGGUGUAAACUGUGGAGUUGUGUUCGCCAUCUGGUACAUGGUUCACACCUUGUUGCGUCAGUCGCAGUGUAAUGACUCAGCGUUGCACCUGCAGUGAGCCCUCUCUGACUGCGUAGCCUUGAACACUCACUAGCCUACCUCUCCCCUCUCCCCUCUACCUCUGACUGUCAUCAGCAGCUCACUAGCCUACCUCUCCCCUCUCCCCUCUACCUCUGACUGUCAUCAGCAGCUCACUAGCCUACCUCUCCCCUCUCCCCUCUACCUCUGACUGUCAUCAGCAGCUCACUAGCCUACCUCUCCCCUCUCCCCUCUACCUCUGACUGUCAUCAGCAGCUCACUAGCCUACCUCUCCCCUCUCCCCUCUACCUCUGACUGUCAUCAGCAGCUCACUAGCCUACCUCUCCCCUCUCCCCUCUACCUCUGACUGUCAUCAGCAGCUCACUAGCCUACCUCUCCCCUCUCCCCUCUACCUCUGACUGUCAUCAGCAGCUCACUAGCCUACCUCUCCCCUCUCCCCUCUACCUCUGACUGUCAUCAGCAGCUCACUAGCCUACCUCUCCCCUCUCCCCUCUACCUCUGACUGUCAUCAGCAGCUCACUAGCCUACCUCUCCCCUCUCCCCUCUACCUCUGACUGUCAUCAGCAGCUCACUAGCCUACCUCUCCCCUCUCCCCUCUACCUCUGACUGUCAUCAGCAGCUCACUAGCCUACCUCUCCCCUCUCCCUCUACCUCUGACUGUCAUCAGCAGCUACUAGCCUACCUCUCCCCUCUCCCUCUACCUCUGACUGUCAUCAGCAGCUCACUAGCCUACCUCUCCCCUCUCCCCUCUACCUCUGACUGUCAUCAGCAGCUCACUAGCCUACCUCUUCCCUCUCCCUCUACCUCUGACUGUCAUCCAGCAGCUCACUAGCCUACCUCUCCCCUCUCCCCUCUACCUCUGACUGUCAUCAGCAGCUCACUAGCCUACCUCUCCCCUCUCCCCUCUACCUCUGACUGUCAUCAGCAGCUCACUAGCCUACCUCUCCCCUCUCCCCUCUACCUCUGACUGUCAUCAGCAGCUCACUAGCCUACCUCUCCCCUCUCCCCUCUCUACCUCUGACUGUCAUCAGCAGCUCACUAGCCUACCUCUCCCCUCUCCCCUCUACCUCUGACUGUCAUCAGCAGCUCACUAGCCUACCUCUCCCCUCUCCCCUCUACCUCUGACUGUCAUCAGCAGCUCACUAGCCUACCUCUCCCCCCCUCUACCUCUGACUGUCAUCAGCAGCUCACUAGCCUACCUCUCCCCUCUCCCCUCUACCUGCUGACUGUCAUCAGCAGCUCACUAGCCUACCUCUCCCCUCUCCCCUCUACCUCUGACUGUCAUCAGCAGCUCACUAGCCUACCUCUCCCCUCUCCCCUCUACCUCUGACUGUCAUCAGCAGCUCACCUAGCCUACCUCUCCCCUCUCCCCUCUACCGCUGACUGUUCAUCAGCAGCUCACUAGCCUACCUCUCCCCUCUCCCCCUCUACCUCUGACUGUCAUCAGCAGCUCACUAGCCUACCUCUCCCCUCCUCCCCUUCUACCUCUGACUGUCAUCAGCAGCUCACUAGCCUACCUCUCCCCUCUCCCCUCUACCUCUGACGUCAUCAGCAGCUCACUAGCCUACCUCUCCCCUCUCCCCUCUACCUCUGACUGUCAUCAGCAGCUCACUAGCCUACCUCUCCCCUCUCCCCUCUACCUCUGAACUGUCAUCAGCAGCUCACUAGCCUACCUCUCCCCUCUCCCCUCUACCUCUGACUGUCAUCAGCAGCUCACUAGCCUACCUCUCCCCUCUCCCCUCUACCUCUGACUGUCAUCAGCAGCUCACUAGCCUACCUCUCCCCUCUCCCCUCUACCUCUGACUGUCAUCAGCAGCACCCAACCGUUUAACCUGCUCUUUACACCUCAGCUAACUGGAUUUUACAUACUGUAAAUUGAGAAAUCAUUUGACUAAACUAAAUAAAAAGAAGAAGAAAAUGUACUAUGAAACAAAGAUAAAUUAUAUAAAGAUAUGAUAGUAAAAAGCUUUGGAGGACCUUAAAUACAAUUUUGGGAAAAAAGGAAAACUCAUCUCCAUCAUUCAUUGAAUCAGAUGGUUCAUUCAUCACAAAACCACCUGAUAUUUUUCAUUGGCAAGAUUAGCAAAUUUUUCCCCACAUUUUGUUGUGUUUCAGCCUAAAUUUAAAAUGGAUUAAAUUGAGAUUUUUGGUCACUGACCUACACACAAUAACCCAUAAUGUCAAAGUGAAAUUAUGUUUUUCGAAAUGUUGACAAAUUAAUUACAAAUGGAAAGCUGAAAUGUCUUGAGUCAAUAAGUAUUCAACCCCUUUGUUCAGGAGUAAAAAUGUGCUUAACAAGUCACAUAAUAAGAUGCAAGGACUGUGUGUAAUAAUAGUGUUUAACAUGUUGUUUGAAUGACUCCCUCAGGGCUUGCAAGUAAGCGUUUCACGGUAAGGUCUACACCUGUUGUAUUCGGCGCAUGUGACAAAUAAAAUGUGAUUUGAUUUGAUCUCUGUACCCUCAGUCGAGCUACCUCAUCUCUGUACCCUCAGUCCCUCAGUCUAGCAGUGAAUUUAAAACUCUAAGACCAGGAAGGUUUUUCAAUGCCUCGCAAAGAAGGGUACCUAUUGGUAGAUGGGUAAAAAAGAGCAGACAUUUUGAGCAUGGUGAAGUUAUUAAUUAACCUUUGGAUGGUGUAUCAAUACACCCAGUCACUACAAAGAUACAUGCGUCCUUCCUAACUCAGUUGCCGGAGAGGAAGGAAACCGCACAGGGAUUUCACCAUGAGGCCAAUGGUGACUUUAAAACAGUUACAGAGUUUAAUGGCUGUGGAUCAACCACAUUGUAGUUACUCCACAAUACUAACCUAAUCGACAGAGUGAAAAGAAGGAAGCCUGUACAGAAUAAACAUAUUCCAAAACAUACAUCCUGUUUGCAACAAGGUACUAAUGUAAUACUGCAAAAAAUGUACAAUCCAGGUGUGCAAAUCUCUUAGAGACUUACCCAAAAAGACUCACAGCUGUAAUCACUGCAAAAGGUGAUUCUAACAUGUAUUGACUCAGGGAUGUGAAUACUUAUGUAAAUGAGAUAUUUCUGUAUUUAAUUUUCAAUAUAUUUGCUAAAAUGUCUAAAAACAUGUUUUCACUUUGUCAUUAUGGGGUAUUGUGUGUAGAUGGUUGAUAUAUAUAUAUAUUUUUUUCAUCCAUUUUGAAUUCAGACUGUAACACAACAAAAUGUGGAAUAAGUCAAGGGGUAUGAAUACUUUCUGAAGGCACUCCUAUUUGCCAUCUUUUCAAUCUAAGCCUACAGGAAAGUGUGUGCCCUCAGGCCUGGAGGGAAGGAAAAGUAAUUAUGCUACCCAAUAAUAGCAAAGCACCCUUUACUGGCUCAAACAGCCGACAAAUCAGCGUGCUACCAAUCCUUAGUAAACCUUUAGGAAAAAUUGUGUUUGACCAGAUACAAUGCUAUUUCACAGUAAACUGACUUUCAGCUGACUUUCAGCACACUUAUAGGGAAGGGCACUCAACAUGUACGGCACUUACACAUAUGAUAGAUGAUUGGCUGAAAUAAAUUGAUAAUAAGAAAAUUGUUGGAGCUCUUUUGUUAGACUUCAGUGGAGAUUUUGACAUUAUCUGCUGCUGGAAAAAUUUAUGCGUUAUGGCUUUACAUCUCUGCUAUAGCGUGGAUCAAGAGUUAUCUGUCUAACAGAACACAGAGGGUGUUUUGUUAAUGGAAGCCUUUCCAACAUAAUCCAGGUAUAGUUGGGCAUUCCCCGGGGCAGCUGUCUAGGCCCCUUACUGUUUUCAAUCUUUACUAAUGACCUGCCACUGGCUCUGAGUAAAGCCAGUGUGUCUAUGUAUGCUGAUGACUCCACACUAUACGUGUCAGCUACCACAGCAAGUGGAAUCACUGCAACACUUAACAAAGAGCUGCAGUCAGUUUUAGCAUGGGUGGCAAGUAAUAAGCAUCGUUUUUGGGACAAAUCAUUCACUAAACUCUAAACCUCAACAAAAUCUUGUAAUGAAUAAUGUGGAAAUUGAGCAAGUUGAGGAGACUAAACUGCUUGGUGUAACCCUGGAUUGCAAACUGUCAUGGUCAAAACAUAUUGAUACAAUGGUAGCUACUCCGCCCCUUUCCUCCUCCUCUCCCUUUCGCUUCUCCCUUUCCCGCCUACACACACACACAAACAAACAAACACAUACACAAACUCUCUCUCUCUCUCUCUCUCUCUCUCUCUCUCUCUCUCUCUCUCUCUCUCUCUCUCUCUCUCUCUCUCUCUCUCUCUAGGUUCUACUGGGAUUUCACAAUGCUUCUCUUCAUGGUGGGUAACCUGAUUGUCAUCCCGGUGGGCAUCACCUUUUUCAACGAUGGGACGACCACCCCCUGGAUCAUCUUCAACGUCAUCUCCGACACCUUCUUCCUCAUGGACCUGGUCCUCAACUUCCGCACGGGCAUCAUCAUCGAGGACAACUCUGACAUCAUCCUGGACCCCAAGACCAUCAAGUGGACGUACCUGAAGACCUGGUUCAUCGUGGACUUUGUCUCCUCGAUCCCCGUGGAUUAUAUCUUCCUGAUCGUGGAGAAGGGGAUCGACUCUGAGAUGUAUAAGACGGCCAGGGCCCUGAGGAUCGUACGCUUCACUAAGAUCCUGAGUCUGCUAAGGCUGCUGAGGCUGUCCCGGCUCAUCCGCUACAUCCACCAGUGGGAAGAGGUAGGACCACACACCACACAGCCCCCCGCCCCGAAACACUACAUGGCUUAGUAUAAUUAUCAUAAUGGAUUGAGGGGAACUCGUCCUUGCCUCAUCCACUAUUUGUGGUCAUGAUGAAAGGAUGAAUGAUUAUAAUUAUAGUAGACAUAUAGCACCAUUCACCCGGUCUCUUGGAGCUUGUAAAAUGGAAACUCAUCUCAUCCACUAUUAAUCUGUAGUGCCCACUCACAGCAUCAUGGCUACAUGCUACAUGGUUUAGUCACUAUAGAUCAGGGCUGCCCAACCCUCUUCCUGGAGAGCUACUGUCCUGUAGGUUUUCAGUCCAACCCUAAUUGAUCAUAUCUGAUUCAGCUAGUUAAGGUCUUGUUGAGCAGCUAAUAAGUAGAAUCAGAUGUGUUAAAUUAGGGUUGGACUGAAAACCCACAGGACGGUAGAUCUCCAGGAAGAGGGUUGGGCAGCCCUGCUAUAGAUGGAUAUGCUAAUAAAGUUAGAUGGCUAUUAGUGAUGAGGGGGAAGAAUCGAUACAGUUACAUAUCAAGUAUUUUCCCUCAUAGUUUGUUGUCCAUCUUCUUUUUAAAUAGGGAAGCAAUUUGUUUUCAGCACUUUUAUUUCCAUGACUGAUCAAAACUCAUUCUCAUGGAUUUAUUUUGUCCCUCUGCGGAAGACAUAUGGUCAGCAAUAUGUUUGGAACAUCGAAUUGCAAUAAAAUCACCGUAUCGAAUCGCAAUACAUAUAGAAUCAUGAGAAUCAUGAGAAUCGCAAUACAUAUCGUAUUGGCACCUAAGUAUCGGGAUAAUAUUGUAUCGGGAGGACAAGCACAAGUAUUGUCAGAGAGACGGUACAGUAGUGAGGUAGGACAGCAUUUUACAGAAGUCCUUUAUAGACAAUGAGAUCACUAAAUGUCCUAUGGCAAUAAUGAUAAUGGAUUGGAUUUUUUACCACUCUUUCCACUGUAGGUCUAAAGUGCUUUACUCUAGGUGUAGUGAGGGGUAGUGAAUUGUAGAGAGUGAAUUAUAGAUAGUGAAUUGAGUAGUGAGGUGUAGUGAAUUGGUAUUGAGAGGUAGUGAGGGGUAGUGAAUUGUAGAUAGUGAAUUGGGUAGUGAGGGGUAGUGAAUUGUAGAUAGUGAAUUGGGUAUUGAAAGGUAGUGAGGGAUAUUGAGGGGGAGUGAGGGGUAGUGAAUUAUGCAAAAGGUUGUCCAGACAAGUUGCAAGUUGUCUAAGUAGACAAUCAUAGAAUGCUCUGUCAAGCAUAGAAUAUUCAACCAGCACACCGCACUGUUCUGUAACCAGGAACUCUUGGUCCCCAAUCCAUUUGGACUUCUGUAUAGAUGAAUAAAAAGCAGAUCUGGGUCUAGGUGCUGUUAAGUCACUGAGUUCCUUCUCAGACAUUUAGUUGUUGGCUGAUGCCCAAUAAGCUGUGAGACAGAUGAUCAGUCUGUACCCGGCCCUGCCUGCAAGCUGCAUAUGUUAGUUUGUUCCCAGUCGUUUGUCAAGGGCCAGGAGGUUUACUUUGCUGUUCUCGACCUGUCUCCCACUGAAAUAUGUGUGAUGUUGUUGGCAGGAGGGUUUAAGCUUUUAAACACACUUUGCAUCCUAAUCACCAUCAGUGUCGUAGCCGUCUCCCCCUUUGACCUGCGAAUCCCAGAAGGCGUCAGCUCAUCUUCGUAUUAGAGAGGCAAACACAUUUAAUCAAUUAAGACGCCUGAGGAGGAGCAGGUGAAAAUAUGGUACACCGGAGGGGGUUCUCACUGUGAUUAUACUGUAUGUCUUGUUAAUUGUUACUAUUACCAAACCAUAAUUCAGUUAGGCUAGCAUUCCUCGUAGGGUUUAAUUGUGUUUCCAUAAAUGUUCUGUCUCUUUGUUGGCUUCGGAAGGGAUUUCUGAUUAGUUGGUUGUCAUAUCUAGUUAUUUGUUAAUCUACAGGACAUAUAUGCCCCUGCUCUAUUCAUUUUUUGGAGGGGUACUUUGUGUUUGGUUGGGCCCCUGGUGUGGAUGGCGGAUGGUGCGGAUGACGGAUGGUGGAUGGAUGCACUGGGCCCUGUGUGUGCACAUGACCUUUGGAUAAUUGGAUUUUCUGGAGCCAUUAUGCGAUAAACACACAGAGCGGUGCAUGAUGGGUAGAGGAGGAUACUUGGCAUGCAUGGAAGAUGAGUGCUGAGAUGGGCUGGUGUUAAACAGGCACAGACAGACAGAUAGACAGACAGACAGAUACAAAUAAUAUUACUCAGUCGAGGUCUCAACUUACUGUUGAGAGUUAGAAUAAUAGAAUACACAAGGUGGAAUUUCGAAAUUUGGUUGUGCAUCAGCAGUCACAAAAUUAGCCCAUGUCACCAUUAGAAAAAUAUAUAUUGUUAAGUUAGUCUAGCGGCCAGCUAUUUAAACUUACAUUUACAUUUUUGCCAUUUAGCAGACGCUCUUAUCCAGAGCGACUUACAGUUAGUGAGUGCAUACAUUAUUUUUUAUAGAUUUUUUUUUUUUUCAUACUGGCCCCCCGUGGGAAACAAACCCACAACCCUGGCUUUGCAAACGCCAUGCUCUACCAACUGAGCUACAUCCCUGCCGGCCAUUCCCUCCCCUACCCUGGACGACGCUGGGCCAAUUGUGCGCCGCCCCAUGGGUCUCCCGGUCGCGGCCGGUUACGACAGAGCCUGGAUUCGAACCAGGAUCUCUAGUGGCACAGCUAGCACUGCACUGCAGUGCCUUAGACCACUGCGCCACUCGGGAGAUUACGCAUGGUGGAAUUACCGAUCGGCGUGGGUUCCAUUGAUCAUCAGUUAUCAUAUUAAAAACUGCAAACAUUUUCCACCACCCUAUGGCAAAAUGUGAAGAAUUGCAGACCCACGAGCCACUGUGGCCCCAUCAAAGCUGCCCAUCCCUGCCAUAGGAGAACCCUUUGAAGAACCCUUUUUGGUUGCAGGAAGAACCCUUUUAGUUCCAGGUAGAACACUUUUGGGUUCUACCUGGAACCAAAAGGGUUCUUCCUGCAACCAAAAAGGGUUCUCCUAUGGGGACAGCCAAACAACCCUUUUGGAACCACCAAAGUGUAGAGUUUGGAGAGGAAGUGUUGAGUACAGUGCUAGACGUGCCUCUCCACUGUUUAGGGUUGAGUGGACUGUGUUUACAGGCAUCAGAACAGCGCAACUUUGUUUAGAUCAUUAUUUAGAAAGCAGUAGCAAAAGUCACAAAAUAUACCUGAUUUGGUUUUCUGCAAAUAUAUAAACACCAUGGGAGUCUUACUUUUGGGGGGAACUUUACAGUCCUAUUGAUCAAACAACCAACAGGUAGGCUAUCUCUCCCUCAGUUGGAUUCUUCCAGGUUAAUUCUGUAAUCCAUCUAUAUAACACAAGACACUGCAAUAACCUUCCCCCUCCCCACUGCCGCACCUCACAUAGUCAAUUCUCUAUCAGAUACAGAGGUACCAUACUCUGGAAUUCUUAUCUUCACAUUGCCAAAACAUCUUCAUCCCUCAAUAACUUCAAGCGAAGACUGGGGGUCAGCCUGAUGAACCAAACUACUCAGUAACCUCCUCCAUGAAGACUGGGGGUCAGCCUGAUGAACCAAACUACUCAGUAACCUCCUCCAUGAAGACUGGGGGUCAGCCUGAUGAACCAAACUACUCAGUAACCUCCUCCAUGAAGACUGUGGGUACAGCCUGAUGAACCAAACGACUCAGAUAAACCCCCUCCAUGGAAGUACUAGGGGUCAGCCUGAAAGAACAAACUAAACUACUCAGUAGACAACCUUCCUCCAUGAAGACUGGGGGUCAGCCUGAUGAACCAAACUACUCAGUAACCUCCUCCAUGAAGACUGGGGGUCAGCCUGAUGAACCAAACUACUCAGUAACCUCCUCCAUUGGGGUUUUCCAACACUCAGUAACCUCCUCCAUGAAGACUGGGGGUCAGCCUGAUGAACAAAACUACUCAUACCUCCUCCUGAAACUGGGGUCAUGUGACCAAACCAUAAAUCUCCAUGAAGACUGGGGGUCCAGCCCUGACUCGAACCAAACUACUCAGGUAACAUCCUCCAUGAAGACUGAGCGGGGUCAGCCCUGCCUGAACUCCAACUACGCAGAUAACCCUCAUCCAUAUAGCCUAAACUCUCACAUACCUUCACAAUGGCCACACCUGCACACACACCAUUAAAAAAUAAAAUAAAAAUAAUCGUGAUUACUGAUCAAUUAAUUUAUUAAUUUAUAAUGAGUAGGUUUUGUUAUCUGUUUUAACAAACCUUUUUUAUUUUGUAUUGUAUAUUGUUUGCUUGUGGUGUGGUUUUUAUAUAAGCCCUUGGACACCGUUUUUUUAUUUAUUUGUUUUUAUCUGUAUUGAUGCCUAUCACUUGUUUUCUUUGGUGCAAAUAAAUAAACAAAUAAAUAAAUAAAGUUGCCUAUGCACAAUAAUAACAACGAUAUUAGCUAGCCUGAGCCAGAUGUGCUAAAGUCUAGCACAGUGGGUGCUAGGCAAACCCUCUCAAACGUUUUCAGCGCGUAGUUGGAAUUACACUGUGAAUACGAUGAGGAAUAGUAGCCUGCUCGGCCUCCUGCAGCCUGCCCCCAGUCCCAUAAUAACCCACAAGUGAAUGGGGUUUACAGCUUGCCUGCCUGCUCAUUUGAUCAAUGCCCAAUACAUUUUGAUUGACAACUAAGAGAUAUGCUAACAGUCGUUCAAGUUUAAGUAAAUGAGGAGCUAGCUUAGUGAUCCCAAUAGCUGUAGCCCAAUAAAAGGUUGGGGGAAAAGUCUUCCACUCACACACUUGUCCAGGCGAUAACAUGACAUCCUUCCAGCAGCUAGCUAGCUAGCUGCAGUACAAGGCUUUGUGUCAGUUUAGGUUCUAGCUAGCUAAAUUACUUAGCUAUCAAGCCAUAUAGCUAGCUUGCUAAAUAAGUAGGCCUGCAUAAAUAGAUAAGCUAACUAUAGCCGUAUCCACGUAACGGGACUGCAUAGCUAGAUUGAUUGUGUUGAGAUUCCCAAUCACUGCUCUUUUCGUCCGUUUUUGUGCAAAGUAUUGGGUCAGUGAAACUGAAACAGUUCAUCCCCUGAAUGGCUGGAGGCAGUUAAUGUACUAGCUGUGAUUUACAACCUGAUAUAGCAAUAUUUAUUAGACUAUCUAGCGAUUUAUUGUGGAAUUUUAUUAAUCAUGCGUUGACUGCAUCCAUUUAAUUCUGCCAACAAGGCCUUACUCUACGUAAUUUGAAUUUUGAGUCAAAUAUAACCUAUUUUUUAAACCUCUUAUAAAGAUGGUUUUGAAGCAUAAACUGCAUAUUUGAUAUUUUAGACCGAUAUAAUGACCAUCUGUUUGUUUAAUUUCUGCAAAGUAGUUCACACUAUGUCAGUUCCACUUUAAACUGUACCCUCUACUAAUGGGAAUUGCCAUGGCGACAUAACUGUUUGUGCUGUGGUAGUAGCAGUUUGUUGUUGUUGUUGUAGUUGCUAUUCACUCCUCCAAUUGAUUAUGUGAGUGUUUAUUGUUUUAAACACCAAAACAAAAUGUUGGUUGGAAGACUAGAGGGUCUAAUUGAAUGAGUCAUUCUGGUGAUUACAUUUUCACACAAAAAUGCGGAGAAUCUGCCUAAAAAAUGUGUCCUAUUUCUGCUUCUCUUUGGUUCACUAUUUUCAGAUUUCUCACAACACCAUAAGAACCUUGGCGCUGUCCAUGGUGCCUGAUUAGAGCCAUACAGUUGGCCAAUCAGUCCUCCAUGUUGGCACCAAACGUUCCAUGACAGUAACAUUCUAAUCUGCAUUCUCUGUAGAAUGUAAUUCUCUUGGAACCUUUGGUGCCAACAUGACGCCCAUUCUGAUUCUGUGUCUUAAACUAAGUUAGCAGAACUCUGCAUACUGUAAAUAUAGCUCUGGUCCUGUGACUAUCUCCUCUCCCCCUCAACAUGUCACUAAUCAUACGUUCACAUCUAAGCAGCAGCAGGACUCUAUAAAUAGAUGUGCUGAAGUGCAGUAUUUUGUCAGUUGCCAGCUCAUAUUAGAAACCAACUGUCAGAAGCCCUAAAAGGUUAAAGUGGCAUUAAGAAAGAUCAACUGGUGAUUCAUGUCCAAUCAAAGACCUGGUUGAGAUAGUGUAUGAGGCCAAUGGCAUCAGUCAGUGACUGUGAGUUAGCAUUGCACCAUCCUCAUUUACAUUUACAUUUUAGUCAUUUAGCAGACACUGAUAUCCAGCGCGAGUUACAGCUACAUUCAUUUUAAGAUAGCUAGGUGGGACAACGAAAUAUCUCAGUCAUAGUAAGUACAAUUUCCCUCAAUAAAGUAGCUAUCAGCAAAGUCAGUGGUAGUAGGAAAAAGUCAAGUGUGAAAGGCAAGGGUGUUCUUUUUAUGUUUACAUUUUUUAGAGGGGGGGGGGGGGGGGGGGGGGGGGGGGGGGGGGUUAGUGGGAUUAUUUAAGAUACUCUUUGAAGAGGUAGGAUUUCAGACGUUUUCAGAAGAUGGGCAGGGGUUCUGCUGUCCUGGCGUCAGGGGGAAUCUGAUGGGCAGGGGUUCUGCUGUCCUGGCGUCAGGGGGAAUCUGAUGGGCAGGGGUUCUGCUGUCCUGGCGUCAGGGGGAAUCUGAUGGGCAGGGGUUCUGCUGUCCUGGCGUCAGGGGGAAUCUGAUGGGCAGGGGUUCUGCUGUCCUGGCGUCAGGGGGAAUCUGGUUCCACCAUUGGGGUGCCAGGACUGAGAAGACUGAGCUGCAUUUAGUCUUCCAUCUUGUAUUUUACUAAUACCUCCUCAGGGAUCGUUGAAAGGAGAUUGUCCUUGUGGCCAGCUUGGUUUCUUGCUUAGGGCUCAGAAAUACGUAUGUUGUAUAUGUUUUGGGUGAAUUUUAUCUGGUUGGAUUUAGAGAAGGAUAGACCGAUUUUAUCUGGUUGGGUUUAGAGAAGGAUAGACUGAAUUAUCUGGUUGGGUUUAGAGAAGGAUAGACCAAAUUAUCUGGUUGGGUUUAGAGAAGGAUAGACUGAAUUAUCUGGUUGGGUUUAGAGAAGGAUAGACCAAAUUAUCUGGUUGGGUUUAGAGAAGGAUAGACUGAAUUAUCUGGUUGGGUUUAGAGAAGGAUAGACCGAUUUUAUCUGGUUGGGUUUAGAGAAGGAUAGACCAAAUUAUCUGGUUGGGUUUAGAGAAGGAUAGACCAAAUUAUCUGGUUGGGUUUAGAGAAGUAUAGACCGAUUUUAUCUGGUUGGGUUUAGAGAAGGAUAGACCGAUUUCAUCUGUUCUCCCCAUGAUCUUAGCGAUUUAGCUAAAAUGGUUGUCUGACGUGAAAGUAGUGAUAGAUAAAUGGCUAAAGUGACAAUAAUGAUCCAUGAUUGGCUAAAGUGACAACCCUGUGACUGAAGACGAUUGAUCAGUGAGAUGAUAUCAGAUUGGAAGAAUCGUAAUGGUUCCCUGCCCAUGCCACAGAGAGUGAUGGAGUGGAAAAGAGCCUAUUUUGUGUGUGUGUGUGUGUGUGUGUGUGUAUAGAUGCAUCUGUGCCUACAGACUUGUGUACCAGUAUGUGUUUGUGUGGGAGUGAGUGAGUGAGUGAGGGUCUCUUGUCGUGUGUUACAGUUCUGAUUAAUGUGUGGUAUCUGGCUGUAACAAAUGUCUGCUCUGUUCCUGCUGUGUCUGAUGGCCGACUGAUAGGAAGCUGUCUUCCCCCUCUCAUGAAUCAUUCUUAAUACGGUCCAAAGGAACAGCAGGCAACAUGGUUCUGCUGACUGUAGUCUUCUCCUUUAAUCCUGCUUCUAGGACAUGUCAUCUUGAUCACUAGAGAAUCUUGCAUAAAAUUAAACAGGAAAUCUUGAAGAAUUCUGUGACUGUGAUUCUGUCUCUCUUUUUCUCUCUUUGCUUCUCUCUCUCUCUCUGCUUCUCUCUCUCUCUCUGCUUCUCUAUCUCUCGCUGUCUCUCUCUCUUACACACACACACACACACACACACACACACACACACACACACACACACACACACACACACACACACUUGUCCUUCCUCUCCGCCUUAACUAAUUCCCAGUCUCUCCAUCUCUGUUUCAGAUCUUUCAUAUGACCUAUGACCUGGCCAGUGCAGUGAUGCGUAUCUUCAACCUGAUUGGUAUGAUGCUGCUGCUGUGUCACUGGGAUGGCUGUCUGCAGUUCCUGGUUCCCAUGCUGCAGGACUUCCCCCAGGACUGCUGGGUCUCCCUCAACAAGAUGGUGGUAUGUGUUUGA